CUGGCCUGGUUCUUUCUAUCUGCUCUACCUCAGUGAGCACGACUAAACUGAGCUUCAGCAGCAAUGUCAGGGCAGCGAGUGUGUGUGUCCGACUUUGAGGUGGAAGCCAGAAAGGUUCUUCCUAAAGCUGUCUAUGACUACUACAGUUCUGGAGCAGAGGAGCAGAUCACACUGGCUGACAAUGUGGCGGCUUUCAAAAGGUGGCGCCUGAUCCCUCGGGUGUUGAGGGACGUUUCCAGUGUGGAUCUGAGUGUGUCGGUGUUGGGCCACAAGCUCGACAUGCCCCUGUGUGUUGCAGCCACCGCUAUGCAGAGGAUGGCUCAUCCAGACGGCGAGACAGCGACUGCAAGAGCGUGCCAAGCAGUGGGGACGGGGAUGAUGCUGAGCUCAUGGGCCACCUCCACAAUCGAGGAAGUGAUGUCAGCCAUGACCACUUCGCCAGGCGUGGGUGGGGUGCUGUGGCUGCAGCUUUACAUCUACAAGGACAGAGAACUCACGCUCUCGUUGGUCCGCCGAGCAGAGGAGGCGGGUUACAAGGCCAUCUUCGUCACCGUGGAUACGCCGUACCUGGGUAGGAGGCUGGAGGACAUGAGGAACUGCUUUAAACUGCCCUCACAUCUGAGAUUGUCAAACUUCUCAACAGACUCCUUGGCUUUCUCAGAAGGAGACUACGGCAGUGAUAGCGGCUUGGCUGUAUAUGUAGCAAAAGCCAUCGAUCCCUCCCUCUGCUGGGAUGACAUAACCUGGCUGAAGAAAAACACACACUUGCCUGUGAUUGUGAAAGGAGUGCUAACUGGGGAGGAUGCUGCCAGGGCUGUGAACUAUGGUGUUGAUGGCAUAUUGGUUUCCAAUCAUGGAGCUCGACAGCUGGAUGGGGUUCCUGCCACGCUUGACGUGUUGGAAGAGGUCGUGGGGGCGGUAAAAGGUAGAUGCGAUGUCUACCUGGAUGGUGGAGUGAGACGAGGGACCGACGUCCUGAAGGCGCUCGCCUUGGGAGCGAAAGCCGUCUUCAUUGGUCGGCCUGUGCUGUGGGGUCUCUCCUGUCAGGGAGAACAAGGUGUUAUUGCAGUUCUGCAACUUCUUAAAGAUGAGCUGAAACUAGCGAUGGGCUUAGCAGGUUGUCGCUCCCUAUCGGAGGUGAGCAGAUCCUUGGUGAGAAGAGUAGAGGUCACGUCAAGAAUUUAACACCAUGGCUGCAUAACUGCUCUCUUGAUUUUGAAAUAUAAGUCGAGUCAUUGCUGAAGGUACGAGAAAUGUCUUCUGCGUAUUGCUCCUCUUCACAUCGAUCCUAUUCAUGUCACCCCAAUGCAGAUUAUAUAUGUAAAAUUCAUAUCUACCGUAAUUUUCGGACUAUAAGUCGCACCGGAGUAUAAAUUGCACCAGCCAUAAAAUGCCCAAAAAAAGUGAAAAAAAACAUAUAUAUGUAUAUAAG